AUUACAUCUGUAGUCUGAAUUAUCUUAGAGAAACUCACUAGAUUUCAUAGUCAAGAGGAGAAAGAUAAAUCGAGAUUUGAGUGCGAAGCUAAAUAUUUAAAGUAGAAGUGGUGAUCGAUCGAAUGGAGCCGCCGGAGUACGGUAGACUAACGGCGACGCAGCAUCAGCAAUGUAUGGUGGAGUAUAAGAUCUUCGAGAUGUUCAAUCUCUUUAUGAGUAUUCCUCAAAGCGCACAGAAAGUCAUGUUGGAAAUUCAACGGGAUACCCAUAUCGAGUAUCUGACCAAAGGCCUCGGACAACUCAAUUCCUCGUUUGUCGUCUUGGAUUCCAACCGACCAUGGCUAUGUUAUUGGAUCCUCCAUUCCAUUGCUUUACUUGGAGAAUCAGUUGAGCCUGAACUAGAAAAGAAUGUGAUUGACUUCCUAAGUCGUUGCCAGCAUCCAUCUGGUGGAUAUGGCGGUGGACCUGGACAAUUACCCCAUCUUGCUACAACAUAUGCUGCAGUGAAUUCACUUAUAACUUUGGGUAGUGCCCAAGCUUUAUCAUCUAUCAAUAGAGAUAAGACGUAUGAAUUCUUGCUGAAAAUAAAGGACCCAACCGGAGCCUUCAGGAUGCAUGACGGUGGAGAAAUAGAUGUUCGAGCUUGCUAUACUGCAAUUUCCGUUGCUAGUGCUCUGAACAUUCUGGAUUGCAGAGUUGCUCAAAAUGUUGGAGAUUACAUCCUAAGUUGUCAGACCUAUGAAGGCGGUAUUGCAGGUGAACCAGGUUCUGAAGCUCACGGUGGGUACACCUUUUGUGGUCUAGCAGCAAUGGUACUGAUUGACGAGGUUCAUCGCUUAGAUCUGCCUAAACUAAUUAACUGGGUGGUGUUUAGGCAAGGAAUUGAAGGAGGAUUCCAAGGGAGGACAAAUAAGUUGGUUGACGGCUGCUAUUCUUUCUGGCAGGGAGCAAUAUUUGCACUGGCGCAACAGUUGCACUCGGUCAUAUAUGAACAAUUACUGCUUUCAGACGAUGCAGAUGAAAGCAGUACAGACAGUGCCCAUAGCCUUGCUGAUUCCGAUAAUGAGCUCUCAUUGGAAGAGAACUCGUUUCCUGCAGAUUUGUCCUGUUGCAUUAACCAAGAAGAUGGAAAGAAUGUUGUCGAACGGGCAAAAUACUUCAAUAUCGGGCUGAGAUUUGCGAAGCAACAUGCUGAAUUGGAGCCUCUCUUUCAAAGCAUGGCCUUGCAGCAGUAUAUUAUAUUGUGCUGUCAGGAUGAAGAAGGGGGACUUAGAGAUAAACCGGGGAAGCACAAAGAUUAUUACCACACAUGUUACUGUUUGAGCGGUUUAUCAGUGUGUCAAUAUAGCUUGUCUAAUGCAGCGGGGUCUCUGCCUUUACCAAGGGCAGUAUUAGGUCCACACUCCAAUUUGUUGGAGCCCAUUCAUCCUCUCUUUAAUGUUGUCUUGGAGCGAUUCUAUGAAGCCCACAAAUUCUUCUCAAUGCUCUGAUUAUGAUCAUCAUGAGUUGCAACCUAUCACAGUGAAUGUGUAUUAUUAUUGUGCCAUAGAUUUAGAGACAAAUUUAUACUUAUUCAACUAGUAAUAUAUUAUUUUUUUGGGGAAAAACUAGUACUAUAUUAUUGUUCCUUGAUUGUAAGGUUGAAGAGAAUAAACCUUUCUUGACCACCAAGAUACCAGAU